AUGAUCGCCAGCGCCGGGCUGGACGAGUCAGCGGAGCGACAACUGGUGGACCGGAUUGCGAGGGAGACGACCGAAAACGAAUCGGGAUUCGCUUCGCAAAACGUCAAGGCCCACCUGGAGACGUAUUUUAAGCUGUCGCCCACCAAGGCGAAGCAGGACAGCAGUGACGGAACAGCUACCCACGCCAUGUACGGGUGGGGGUCACAGAACAACAGCGGGAAAGGAUCCGGCCACCCGAAGUCCACCGCUACUACGCCUUUUUCGCCGCCCGGCCGCGCCGGAGCAAAGUGGUGCAAGUACCACGAGAAAUACUGCAGUCACACGUCCUACGAGUGCAGUCUCAACCCCGCCAACAAAGGCAAGAAAGGUGCUGGCAAGCACCAGCACCCGCCCUGCUCCCGGUCGGCCGCGCGCUCUUUGGUAGCGAAAACAGAGCCAUCUGCUUGACCGCCUCCAGUGUGUCUCGCCGUCGUACGGCGGCCGCGCUCUUGCUCAUCCCCCGGCCGCGCUCUUGCUCAGUCGCACCGGUCCACGUCGCGGAGGAGAAAGUCGUACCCGACAACGGUGUAUUCUGUGCAAAAGUAUCGCAUUCGUAUAAAUGCAAGUCUUGCAUUACAAAGUCUAUCGCAUUCGUAUAAAUGCAGGUCUACUUCCUGCUGAUGACCCAAGAAUGAAGAACAACACACAGGCCGUCACCUAUGCCUGCGACCGCCUGAGCCUGACUCGACCUUUCAAAAUGUAAUACUUGAUGCGUCUUGAGUUUCGCCUUCGCUCCUUUCUUUUGACAUUUUUCAAAUUUUUUGUUUCGCACUUCUACCGGCGCCGCUCCCUCUUCAGUUGACACUGCUUUGAGUUCUGUGGUCAGUUCAUUCAGACACGGCUCCGAACCUUAACCUUCUCUCCUCCUAAACACUAUUCUGUUUUUUUGUGCAUCACACUACAUGGUACCGAAACAAUACCGACACAAACAGAAAACCUAAAGAACGGAGAUGCGUAUGCGAGUUCCAGAACUAAAUUACUGACCAAAAAGAAGGUGGUGCACCAAUACGACGAGAGGCAUGAUUUUGUGUAAAUCUGUUUUGGAUUCGAGGUCAGUCCUUGUUCGCCUUCCUGGCCUAAACUUCUCAAAUGCAAGCUGUAGAUCUGCACUACCUUUUCAAAGUCAAACACAGCAGGAUAACCACAACAAGCUCAUGCGAGAUGCGGGUCUUCUGAUUUCUUACCGAUAUGCGCUUUUUUUGCGCUUGCUAGAGACCAUGCCAUGUUCUUUCAUUUUGUUUUUGCUUCAAGGAAAAGCAAAAGAAUGUAUCUCUGGACAGCACAAGAGCUAGAAAAUUCGAAAAGAACUUCUAGAAAAGAGAAAUGAUGGGUUUUUUCUUGUAAAACGAAGUAAAGGCGCAAAGGCUUAACUGCUAUCGCCUCUUGGGUUACCGUCGAGCAG